GGGGUUGAGCUGCCGCAGGGGGAGGGGGCCUGGGGCUGAGAAGCAGCUGUUAGCGGCUGCCAGGAGACGUUAUCGGCCGUUCGUUAGGGCCGAGGAAACCCUCGGGAGGGCGGCGACGAGGGCCGUGUGAUCGCCGCGCGUCCCUGUGCCUGUCCUCUCCUUCCACGGGCGCGUGGGGUCCGCCAUGGAAGCGCAUCCGGUCGCCGCCGGGGUCUCCCGGCACCGCGUCCCAGGCUCCCGGGAGCGAUGAGGGGGUAGACUAGAGGCAUUCCGCGACCCGCCUCUGCCCGCGCUCCGCCCGCCGGGGCGUGAAGAAGGGUCGGCCGGGUUGGCCCGCCGGCCGCGGUGUCUGCCCCGCGCCGCCCCGCCCCGCCCCCUGGGGGCGCCCGCCUCCCAUGCCGCCCCGGCGCCGCGCUGCGCCCGGAGCCCGCCGCUGAAGCCCCGGACCCGCCCGCCGGCCGCGCGCGCCCACCGCCCCGCCGCUCCGAGCCGGACGCCCCUCCACCCGCAAGAUGUGGCACAACGUCGGGCUGACCCUGCUGGUGUUCGUGGCCACGCUGCUGAUCGUCCUGCUGCUGAUGGUGUGCGGUUGGUAUUUUGUGUGGCAUCUUUUUCUAUCGAAAUUCAAGUUUCUGCGGGAACUGGUGGGAGACACAGGAUCCCAGGAGGGAGAUCAUGAACCUUCAGGGUCUGAAACUGAAGAGGACACUUCCUCAUCUCCACACAGGAUCAGAUCUGCUCGCCACAGGAGGGUGCCUGCUGAGGAAGGCCACUGACCCCCACCGUCAUCCUGUGGGAGUGGCUGAUGAGAGGCAGCGGUCCUCAGUCUUUGCAGUUGCUAAAAUAUGGAAGAGCAUUUGUACUUGGACUUCGAGUCCAAUUCAAAAAAAGAUUUACAUGUAAGCCAUAUGAACAUAAAGGGAAUUUAAACCAAAUUGGACCAUUACAAAUUUUAUGUUAAAGAUAAUCUUUUGCUUUACUAGCUUUUACUUAUAUACUUAUUCCUUGGCUCUUGGGCUUAUUGUUUUUGCACUAUUGUGAAUCUGUUAAACAUUACAGGCUUGAACACUGUAUUUUAUUAGUUCUAUAAUGUACCCCCCCCCCCGCCACAUUUUAACUUUUCUGAACUUGGGCUACAUCUCACUAUUCCUGUCAACCAGGCAAUAGUUGAUGUAAUUAUCCUAGCCUGUGUGUGUGUGUGUGUGUGUGUGUGUGUGAGUUCACAGGUUGUCAUAGUGUCAUCACUGUGUCAUUGCUAUCAAAUGUGUCAGAUUUAAUUGGCACUUAAAAAUGUCUUCUAAAAGAUUUCACUAUGAUUCAGCACUGAAAUGACGUUGUGUAUGCAGGCAAGCAUGGAAGCAGAGCAGUGGGGCAUACAUUUGAUAGUAGCGAAGCAAAUAUCCGUCGCUAGAGGAAUGACUGCAAUUCCAUAUUUUCUUGUAAAGCAACAGCAAAAUGCUUUAUAGGCCCUAAGAAGGGAAGACACCCACAAGUAAAGUUGUACGACAUUCUGUCACUGAGACACAUGCAGAAGGAUUGCCUGUCACACGCUGAGUGCUGCAGUGAAGGUGGGAGAAAUUGCCAAAAUCUUGGAAUUAAUGAAACACAACUCAAAGCAGCGAGAGGCUGGUUUGAUCGAUUCCUGUCAGGCAGGACCGUUGUCGUUAAGGUGUCAAACAUGUUUGUCCAAAGCUUCCUGCUGUCAUUAAGCAGAAGACAGUGGUAGAGCCUCCUUUCCAGAAAUGCUUUUGAAGACGCCAAGGGGGCUGUUGUGAGGAGAAGGCAGGUUUCAGUGACUGAUGUAAGAAGUGAUUCAGAAAAGUUGCACUCAGAGUAUGAAGUUAUAGUAUAACGUAACCAGUUUAUUUCAUAAUACUUACAUAUGCACAAGACUGUGAUAAAAGUCUGUUUAAUUCAAAAAGUUCUGUUUCAGUAAAUAUAAAAUAAACAUUCUAUGUGAUACGAAAGCAUUGUGUCAUAAUUUGAUGGCCUGUGUUUUUUCCUUAGUGAUAAAUAUGGUGCAUCUGACAAGUGAUGGUAUCUUAGCUUAAAUAAGAAACAGUUUGUACAUUUAUUUUUUUCUAGGAUAGCAGUUAAUUACUAACUUAAUUCUAACUCUUAUAAUGUUAAAAUAGCUAUCCUCUAUGAGACAUUUUUUUGGCAACCUAUUCAAGACUUGAGUAGCUUUGGAAUCUGAAAACUGUCUUCUACUUUAGGGAGGUAGGAUUAGUCACUCCCUUUGUAUGGAAGGACUUCAUGCUCAAGGCAUGUGUUGUGGAGAAAACACUUCUUCACAAAUAGCAAUUGAGUGGCGAGAUCCCAGAGACAGGAUUGAGGGAAAGUGGAGAGUGGGUGGAAAUGCCUGCUUUACUGUAAACUGACUUGCCAGGUCUGCAUGUUUGUCCUCAUUGAACUUUGGACUGAGGGUUUACUGGGGAAGAGAUAUGGAUUAAAGAACAUUUCUGUUUACUGUUACCUGCUUUGUACAAGAGUGAAUUGUAAAGCCAACUUAUUUUACUAAUUCAAGUUAUUUUUAUAUGUUUAACCUUCAUUUCUAAAGAACUAGUCACCACUAUUUUAUGAUGGUGUGUAAUUAUGUUUGGUACCUCAUACUUCAUGCUGACAGUUUUGUUAAUUAACAGUUUACUUGCUUUGACCCAAGUGAUAUUCCUGGUGCACACUUCUGUUGUCAUUGUAGCCUUUUGUAUAUAUGGAAAGGGAAAGAUCCCUAGCAGCUGAGAGUGGGGCAUAAUCUUUCUAUUUUCAUUUCCUUAUUGGAUGUCGUUUUCUAUUUUUAUGUAGGGAUUAAAAACAAUGACACAAGUUUCAUGCAUUAAUUUUAGUGCUUCCUACCAGCUAAAUAUUGCAUUAAAAUGAUAAUCAGUUAGGGGGAAAAAAAAGCCUAAAAAUCUUCUUGGUACUGGGAGGAUUCAAUUAGAUCUUUCAUAGUCUAGUAUUUUGAACUGUGGAUUCUGCUUUAUAGUGGACUAGAGGCUCAGUGCAUGGAUUUGUGCACUGGUGGGUUCCCUCGGCCUGGCCUGCAGGGAUCAGUGGACUUCUGCGCCGCCUCAGCCCUGCCUCACCUGCCAGCUCGUCAGGCUCCAGCUUGCUGUCUGUAUCGAUCCUGCACAGCAUGAAGUAGUGUGAGAAGUGGCAAGCGGCAGGGGAGGGGCCUGAGCCCGGACUGGGCGCUGCGCCGCUCCGGCUCAUCCUGGCCCUGCUGAGCCCACCACUGUGGCCACACUUGGGCAUGCAGGGGGAGUGCCCACAGGAGAGGCUCACACCACCCCAGCUGCACUCACCAGCUGUGAGCCUGGCGGCUGGCGCCCGUUUAUCAGCUGAGCGGUGCUCCAUUGUGGGUGUGCACUGACCACCAGAGGGCAGCUCCUGCGUUGAGUGUCUGCCACCUGGUGGUCAGUGCGCAUCAUAGCUGCCAGCCAGUUGUCCGGUUGUCUGGUCGCUUAGGCUUUUAUAUAUAUAGAUAUCUUAGGUUUAAAGAAUAAUUGCUGACAACUUUUAAGUAGUUGGCCGAGCUUCUAUACUGUAUCAGUAUUAAAAACUGAUGGCUGACGUAAUCCCCCAAAACCUACAAGUGUCAUCCACAAAUUAAUUUAAUCCAUGUAAAGGUAUAUAUCUUGGUAUUAAUAUUUAUGCUUCAAAAAUGUCUUUUUAAAAAUAAUUGUAAGAAAUGUUCUGCUUUAUUUUUGGGGGAAAUAUAGUCAAAAGCAUACUAACAGCUCACACCCUACCAUGUUUUAACUCUCAAGACAGUAAAAUCACUGAUGCCAAUAUGAAAAUCCUCCAAACUAAUUCCUUUGUUUAAAGCCUUUUCCUCCUCUGUACUCCUCUGCCCCCAAUAUUCUCACUAUAGUACAUAUUUCUAAGGCCACUGAAAGAGGAAAGAGAAAUAGUUGUUAGCAGAAUUAUUUGUGUGAUAUAGUGUUCGUUUUUUUACCCGUUUUAGAGCUUUUGUAGCUGAAUUUAGCGGAACUUCAUAAGGGCAUUUUCAGUUUCUCAGUAGAAGAUAGACUGGCCUGUGGUUAAUUUUAAAGUUCAGAAGUUCUGAGCAUUAAAAAUGUGGUCAAGUGUUAGUCGUGUCUAAAUAGUCAUUAACAAUGUUGUUGAUCAGGUAUACCAUCUUUUGAGGAGUAAUUCUAAAAUUGAGGACUGGUCAGUUGUUUUUAUUACCUUCCCAACUAACCAUUCCCAAGUCUUUCUCUCUGCCUCUGAAACUCUUGUGAAAAUUUCAGGUAUCAAAUAUAUUGGUAGCAUUACUCUGACUUAAAUGCCAAAAAACACUAAAUAUUUGUGUAGCACUAUUAAGUGAGGCUUUUAAUAUUUAUGUCCAGUUAAAAAUAGAAUUCAUUCAGUGGAUUUUAUAGUGUUGUUUUCAUGGUGGAAACAUAAAUAUGUAAUUUGGAGGCUAGCCAAUUCACAGGUGUGCCGACCCAUUUCUUUAGAUAUUACUGGGUUUUAAAACAGCUUCAAACUGUUACUUUGUUGAAAGUUGAGAAUAUAUUAAAUAAUGUUUUCACAAAUACGGCAUUUUAAAGCAAAACAGGUUAAGUGAUUUGAAAGUAGUGCAUUUUUACUUUUAAAAGUAACAUUUAAAAAAUUAUUUUAAGUCAGUGAUACAGUACUUUUUGAAGUCAGUUUUUCUGAAGUUAUGUUUUAAUGUAACAUCAUGUAACCAAUGUAACUUUAGAUUUUCACUGUAAACGUUUAUAUUUGAAGUUCACUUAAAAAGCCAAUGAAGCCUGGUUGGUGUGGCUUAGUGGUUGAGCGUUGACCUAUAAACCAGAAGGUCAUGGUUCCAUUCCUGGUCAGGGCACAUGCCUGGGUUAUGGGCUUGAUACUCAGUGUGGGGCGCACAGGAGACAGCCGAUCAAUGAUUCUCAUCGUUGAUGUUUCUAUCUCUCCCUCUUCCUUUCUCUCUGAAAUCAAUAAAAAUAUAUUUUUAAAAAAGCCAAUGAACAGUACUAAAAUAUUAUAGACUCAAGCAGCUAAUGGAAUAGUAUUUUGUUAUGGGGUCUAGAAUGAAAGCACCUUGUAUUGUCUGCUUCUAAAGUAUCUUACAGCUUUUAACUUACAGCAUAAAGAGUAACAUUUUUUUUCUUAAUAAAAGUUACAUUUUCCAUGUGUUAAUGUACAUGUGCUUCCUGUUUUAUGGCCAAUGUUGAAUAUUACCCUCCAAGUCAGUUCUAUGCAUAACCACUCACCAAAUACUGCUUCUGUGGUUUCUUAAAGGAGACAUUCUGUGCUGUGCUAUGACGCAUUGUCAUCUUGCUGCUUGACAAAUAAGUUUAUAAGGAAUUAAAAUUGUGUUAAUAGUCCUUUGUAUAAUAAUAUGUAAAAUUAGAGAUGAGGAAUGAUCAUUCACUGUUUUUGUUUUAAAACUGGUCAAUACUAUACCUAAAGCCUCUGUGGUUUGUUUAUAUGAUGUUUUAAUUGUUACUUUAAAUCGCACAGAAUAAAUUAAAAUGAACACAAAA